ACUCGUGCCUUUCAUUAUGGUUUACCGUUACUCCGCGAGAUAUAGGCAUAAUGCGUUGUGGCAACAAUGUGACUCAUUUAGAACAAAACUUUUCUAUAUGGAUCCGCCCUAGUCCUUUUUUUCCCCUACGUUUCACCCUAUUUCACAGUGUACAAACAAAACUAAUUUAAUUUUAAAAAACUGCUGAGGAAAGCGUUCGUGCGAUUGCGGUGCGUUUCUUGGUUGAAUUUGUUGAUUGCGUGCUAGCCAAUCGUAAAGAAUUAAUUAUCAGGGCGUCGGUGUGCUACAUCUAUAUUGAUUACAGUAGGAAUAGGAGAAGAUGGCGUACAAAAGGCAAAAAAAAAAGUGGAUUGAGUGUGUGUGUGUACAGUAAAACGCCGAUAUAAGGGAAAGAAGUGUGCUUCUCUAAAGUGCACCAGUGCUGCAUAAAGUAAAAGGGAUGAGAAAAUCGAUGGCCGAUUUCAGAUGGUGUAUACGGAAAGAGGAGGUAGUAAAAUAUAAGAGUCUAACUAAAUAACGCUAUCAAACAUUGAGGUUGCCAGUGGGUCCCUUCAUCCAGACUCCGAGUUGGGAAGGGGUUGGCAGACCGGGGAGGGAAGACGGAGGGACCAGUACAUAUGUCACAACGCGCAUGUGUGGCCCCCCCUUUUUCUUUUUAAAAUAUUUCUAUGCUGACAAGAGCGAGUGAUAUUGCACACAUUCAUCGUGUAUAUACACACGGGCAAAGAUGUGCGUUACCAUCAGUCCAGACAGUUUAAAGUGGACACAUGCUCUGUCGCGUUCGGCAACGUGAAAUGAUGAGCCUCGUGUGAAGGUCGACAGUGAACAGAAGAAAGAAAUGAGGAAUCAAAAAAGACUAUUGGCAUUAUCUUUCGUUUCGCUUCUUCUCUUCCCUGGGUUGUGUUUGUACUGGACCAUCUACGACAUUGUCGGAGACAGCAACAGAUGGAAUGGAACGCCGAUUCCUGCUGGCAAUGUUGAAGGAUCGAGUGAUAUCAGCCCGGCAACAGAAUCCUUUGAAUCGUUGGACUUUAGCGGAUUCGAUAACGAAACCGGACGGAGCUUCGACGGGCGUUUAAUUGUGCCUAAUCUCAUCCAUUACAUCCGUUUCAACAAGACGACGUUUACGUUUGUCGACUAUGUCUGUUUACGUUCGGCUUACAUUCAACAGAAACCCGAACGUAUUUACCUGCACACGAAUGUCGACGUGAACAAUUUGACGGGUCGCUAUUGGAAGUGGAUCCAAUCCGAACCGGAUUUGUACAGACGGAUUGUCAUCCAGCCGAUCGAAUUGCCGUCAGAGAUUUUCGGCCAACCGCUCAGCGAUGGAUGGAGACUCUAUCAUGGCUCGGACAUUGCCCGCAUCCGCACCAUGAUGAAAUAUGGCGGCAUUUAUUUAGAUAAUGAUGUCUACGUCGUUCAGAAUCUCGACAAGUACCACAAAUACGAGAUUGCUAUGGGCUGGGACGAGGGUCAGUUUCUCGGUAGUCAGGUCAUUAUUGCCCAUCACGACGCCCGUUUCCUGCCCCUCUGGCUGAACACGUACCAACAAUAUCACGCAGAUUUAUGGUAUUACAAUGCAGGUGAACGUCCUACAACGGAGAUCCUACACCGGCAACCUGAGCUGAUGCAUCGAGUUAAAUGGCGGUUCGGUGUCCACAUGUUGAUGCAGGAUUUGUACGAUUCGAUGGAAUGGCCCGAUUGGCGCUUGAAUCAGGACACGAUCCACUUGUUAAUUAAUCAUCGCUCUUACCUGGAUCCUCAUUUCAAAGAAUAUCCGGAUUUCAAUGACCGCAAUAUUCAACAUUACCCGUACAUGUUCGGACAGCUGGCACGUCUUGUUCUACCUAAACGACCUAGUUCAGCAACAGUUCGACGGUACUGGAAUUCGACCACUGUUGCGUUAGACGGGAUCGUGAAUGGUCAGCGGUCACCCGAUCCUACCCAUGACUGAACAUCCUACACACUUCCUUAUUUGAUAUUCUUCUUUACUCAGAUGAUGUAAUAAUACUCCUGCCGUAAUGGAAUGCAUAUCAUAAUCCACACGGUGCUAUCUUUUUUUCUAUUUCACGGGAAGUUCAUCUUUGGUCGGCAGCAAUUCCGAGCGUGAUCUUAUUUCCCGGUGUUUACUGUCAGCUCUUUCUUGCCCAAGGGAGAGAAUCGAAGAGAGUGGUUCUCGUCUUAUGAGAAACAUGAUAACACGUGCUCGUAUUCAUGUCGUCUUUUCAUGCGGACAAAAUACGAAAUUUAAGAAAAUGAUUUGCUUAACCUGCUAUACAUACAACGUGACCAAAAACGUGUGCAAAUCGGGUUUUCGUGAACGUGAAAAACGUUCUAAUAUACGUACAUUUGCUUAAUAACAAGGAAAAUCCGAUUCAAUUUUCAUUCAAGAGGCAAAAAUAUACAUCUCCACCAUC